AUGCCAGGACAGCUUCGGCUAUCACGAGAGCGUCCUCCAUCAUCGUAUAGCGUCCAGUUCGAGUCUUGCAAGACCAUGAUGGAUCUGGUCAAGGAUGGAUACUACGAGUCUCGUCCUUUCACAGCCGGUGGGCUCAAUUGGACGUUCCUAAUCUACCCAAUGGGGAUUAACAAGAACAUCUUGAUCCCAUAUGUUUCACUCUAUGUAAGAAUCGAUAACUCAAGCGUUAUUACCGAUCCCCAAGAUGUGUAUGCGGAGAUUAAGUUCUUCUCCAAAUACUACUACCUUAACAGUCCCUUUUAUUCUUACUACGAAGAAUUUGAACCGGCGAUGUUUCAUUCGUUCAAACGGGAGUGGGGAGUGCCGGAUUUUCUACUUACGAGUUUCUUCACGGUGCCGGUAUCUGCAUACCUUUUCGACGGCGGAAAAUGUGAGUUUGGAGUAAACGUCUUCGUUGCUCCACCUUUUAACAAUUGGGAAAAAAUCUCCUAUGAUGAAAACAUUAGCACCAAUUUCACUUGGAACCUCUCCGAUUUCUCUACCCUCAUUAGUCCCGACUUUAACACAUCCGAACCGUUUUCGUCCGGAGGCAGAAACUGGUUAUUGAAAGUGUAUCCAAAUGGAUAUGGUGUUGGAACGGAUAAUUCUUUGUCACUCUACUUGUUGAGUGAGUCUAAUGAAAAGGGGUACGUUCGAGCUAAUUUACGAGUUCUGAACCAAAUCCCAUCCAACAAUGUUGAGAAACAAGUUGAGGGAUGGCCUAAUGCAGCAGAAAACGGAUGGGGUUUCGAAGAGUUUAUGCCUCUUUCAGAUCUUAAAGAUGGAACCAAAGGUUUUGUUGUGGAUGAUGUGCUCCAGGUUGAAGUCGAGAUCAUGGCCCUCUCUAAAACAAGUUCUAGUUAG